CUUUCUCGGAGCUGGGAGUUCCAGUGAUUCUAGCAUGUUCCUAGAGUUCCUAAGGAGUGCCACAUCACUGGCAGAUUGAAUGAUGAUGCGGCAUGGCUGAUUCCAAACUCAAUGUCGCCCAAAUCGCCUGUGGUGCUGCAGCUGCUUAAGCGCUUGGAUUUGCCAUCAACUGCUAACAAGGCCCAAAUCCGUGCGGCAUACCUCCGCAAAGUGAAGGUUUUGCACCCUGACGUGGCGGGAAAGUCAGCUGAAGAGAGAUUCCGGCAGCUCAAGGAUGAGUACGAGCAUGCCAUGGAGUUAAUGCAAAAGGGUCCUCAUGCCCAUCAUCCGCAUCGCAGCCAUCCCAGACAUGGUCACAGUCACGACUUUCACUCAGCACAAGCUUCCCAUCAUUCUCACCAGCGUCAUCGCAGGCAUUGGGACCCCAACCCGUGGCCGAGCACGAGUGGUGGCUUGAGCUUUGCAGAACGCCUGCGAAACAGCACCUUGAUUUCCUUGGGUGUCUUCGGCACUGCUGUCUACUGGCUGAAACCUUCGCCAGACUUUGCUAUGGCACCCCCCUCGCCACGCUUCGAUGACUCCAAGCAAAGAGAGGCCGACCUCCAGCGCGCGGAGGCGGCGGCGAAAACACUGGCCCGCGGAGAAGGAGCUGCACCUUACAUCAGGGAAAAGUCAGAUUACUACAAGAGCCGCUUAACCAGGGGCACCGUUCGAGUUCGAGGCACUGACUCCUAUGUCUCGCCCGCAGAGGCUGCGAAGAGCCGUGAGAAGCGAGAGGGCACUCAGUACACGAACUCGAAGGAAGUACCAGCUCCACCCACCACUUGACUAGCUUCUUAGUUACUAGUAGUAAUGGCCUCCAACCUACUAGCGAUGGCCUCCAACCUGUGGCGUGCUUUGUGACUCAUGUUCAUUUUCAAUAUCUUCGAAGCUGGGUGAUUCCAACAAGAUGUUGGACUCCAAAAGGUGGCUUUGCUGCGAGGAAAAUA